AUGGGCGUGCGCGACCUCGGCAAGAUCAUCAAGGCGCGCUCCCCCUCGUCCGUCACCACCUACACCUCGCUCGCCCCCUUUCGCGGCAAACGGUUCGCCAUCGACGCCAACCUCCUCACGACCAAGUUCCACUACGCCGAGGCCGGCACCCGUCCUCCCGACGCUCGUCUCGGCGGCGGCGCCCCGCUCGGCGACGGCAAGGGCGGCGGCCACAGCCACGCCCGCGCGUGGUACUGGUUCCUCGAGGCGCUGCGCAAGCACGGCAUCCACCCCGUCGUCGUCUUUGACGGCGACACGCGCCUCGCGGCCAAGGCGCCCGAGAACGAGCGCCGUCGCGACGCGCGAGCGCUCCAAGGCGCGAGGGCCGCCGCCGAGGGUGGACGCGGCGCGCGCCUGAGGGAGGUCGAAGCCGUCAUGGCCCGCAUCGCCGACGACGAGCGACCGGCCGUCGUCGAGGGCUUUCGGCACGUCGUCGAGCGCAUGUGGAGCCGCCGCGACGGCAGCGGCGGCGGCGAGCUCGUGCCGGCGGUCGCGGCAACGGGCGGCGAGGGCUCAAGCGCCGCAGCAGCAGCGGCGGCCGUCGAGCAGCGCGUGUCGCUCACCCAGAUCGAGGCGCUCCUCGCGCAAGACCGCCAGGAGGUGCCGCCGUCGAGCGCUCCUGCCGGCGCACGGCCUCUCGUCGCGCCGGCCGAGCCUCUUCCGCUCGAGGCGGCAGACUCGGCGACAGCAGCAGCGUCGAAGGCGGCGAUCCGCGACAUCGAUCGUCUCCUCGACGUCGAACAGGCGCCAGCCUCGGCCCCUGCUUCGCCCUCGACCGACCCGCUCCCUACCACCGCCGACGAGCCUCAUCCCUCCCCGCUCGCCAACCUCGCCGACGCCGACGUCUCGCCGUCUGAGCGUCCCCCUCUCGCCCACUCGCCCGAUGUACCUCCCACCGUCGCAGUCUCGCCGCCCAUCUCGCCCGAGGCCGCCCUCUCGCCCUCCCUCGCCGCCGCGCUCGCCGCGUCGCGCCUCGCCAACACCGCCAAGCUCACCUCGCUCGCCGGGCCCGGACCCGCCGCGUCGCACGGCGCCAUCGUCGCGCACGUCGUCGCGCUCGCGACCCUGUUCGCCGAGUACCGCGCCGACGUGCUCAACCCGGUCUACUCGCGCAACCAGGCGCGCGUGACCGAGGACGAGGGGAGGUUCUUCGAGGGCCUGUUGCGCUAUGGGACGCCGGCUGAGGCGGCUGAGACGGCGGUGGCGGCGGCGAGCGACGCGGCGAGCGAGGAUGGGCGAGAACUUGGCGAGAAGGAGGAGGAGGAGGAGUCGCCGGUACCGCCGACCAAGGACGCCGAGCUCGGCGACAUCAUCGCCCAGAGCGACAAGUACUUCGACAGCCACCUGAAGCGCAGCGAUGGCGUGCCGCGCGCCGCGUUCAAGGAGGUCCGACGCCUCGUUGCCGCCCUCGGCGUCCCCUACCUCGAGCCGUCGCCGCACGACCCGCACGAGGCCGAGGGCGUGUGCGCCGCCCUGUGCACGCUCGGCCACGCGGACUACGUCGUGAGCGAGGACCUCGACGCGGCCGUGUACGGCGCGCCGCUCCUGCGCUUCGUCACGGUCACGCCCGCCGGGACCGGCCGAGAGCCCAAGAAGCCCAUGACGGUGCUCGACCCGGCGAGGCUGCGCGACGACCUCGGCCUGACGAGGGCCGAGUUUGUCGACUUUGCGCUCCUGUGCGGGACCGACUUUACCGACCGCGUCUACAAGGUCGGCCCCGUCCUCGCGCACAAGCUCAUCGUCACCCACUCGACGAUCGAGCGCGCCCUCGCCGCGAACGACGCCGGGCUCAAGCCGGCGCUCGUGCUCCCCGAGGCCAUGGACCGCGAGGCGUACCUCGAGCGCAUCCGCGCCGCGAGGGCCAUCUUCAACGGCGUGCCGCAGCUGCCGCUGCCCUUGGCGCCCUCCUCGUCGUCGACCGACUCGUCUUCCCUCUCCGAACCCUCUUCCUCCUCCUCGACGCCCUCACCGUCGACGUUCCUCGGCUCCCUCACGCCCUCGCCCCCCUCGCCGAUCCUCCCUGCCCUCCUGCGCUCGUACGGCAUCCACCGCUCGCGCCACCUCUCGUCGCGCGGCACAGCCACGGCCUCGCCAGCACUAUCAGCGGCACUCGACGACGCCGACGUCGACGUCGACCUCGGCGAGGACGUCGACGAUGUUGCGCGAGGGCGCGAGCUCGACGAGCUCGAGGGCGCCGAGAGCGGCUCGAGCGGGCUCGGGCUUGGGCUUGACGAGUGGGCGCGCGCGCAGGAGGCGCUCGAUGCUGCGCUCGUCGACGACGGCGAUGUACUCGGGCAGGAGUGGGACGGAGCGGUGGCAGGACAGGAGGACGAGGGCUCAGAAGGCGAGGGAGGAGAAGGACGAGAGCCCGCCAGGUCGGUGAGCGACGAGUUCGAGCGGCUGUACCUCUAGACGUGGGCGUCAGACGCCUCUGUUGUUGUCAUUCGUAGCACGCACCCUUGCACCUCUCUUUGCUCUCGUU